UGGUAGAGAGAAGAGAGAGUGGUUUUGCAGGACAAGCCAAGAUACAAGAACCAAGGCUGGGGACCUGUCUGUCAAUCAAGGAGAAGGUUCCAAAACGGAAUGUUCCCAGGAGAGGCAGUUGGAGGGUCUGGCCACAGAGAAGAGAAGAAAUAGGAUCUUGGACUUUUGAUUCUGACUUGGCUUUGGGCUCUCUGACCAAGGGAGAAACCUCUGCUCUCUCUGAGAUUUUACUGACCAAGAGUUGGAGGAAAGCCAGGCUGAAGGAGAGACUUUUCUUGGUGACUGACUGAGGGAGAAGAAGCCCUGAACUAAUUUGUUAGUUUUGUCCCAGGCUGAAGGACCCUUGGGGGGGGGUGCUUCUGGAGUUAAGCUGAAAGACCUUGGUGGCUUUGUGAAGAAGAAAGAUUUUAACUGUCGUCCUCCAUCUCUGUCUGUCCCUCUGUCACAGUUGUGACUUCCCAAGUCCUCAUAAUCUUCAUUUUAGAUUAGGGGCACUCUCAUCCCUCUUACCUCAGUUUCCCCUCCUGCUAUCACAAUAAACCCCUUACCUGAGAAAGAAAAUUAGAGUAUUUUAUAAUCCACUCAAGGUUGAGGGAGGAAGCCAAAAAGCUUCCAGAAGUGGGCGAUUAAGGGAGGGAGCAAAGGAGGAAGAGGGAGGAGGAGGUUAGGAAAUAGAUUGAUCCAUCAGCCAUCAGUAGGGAUCAGUAGGCAAACCCCAGAGCAUUCCCCUUUAGCAGUAUCACUGUGGCAGCAUUACCCUGUGGCAGUAUCUCUCUCUAUCUCUGUAGCAAGUGUCACAUACUAGCAGCAUCUCUCUCUAGUCAUAAGCCAGAGAGCACAUCAGUCACUGCAGCAACAGGAAAUAGUGUCACACAGAUCACCUUUUCUAUUUCAAUGGAUAGGCCAAGCUAAUAUAAUAAAAUUACAAUUCUAUCUAAAUUAAUUUACUUAUUCAAUGCCAUACCAAUGUACCAAAAUUAUUUUAUAAUACUAGAAAAAAUAAUAAAAUUUAUCAUGAAAAACAAAAUAUCAAGAGCAUCAAGGAAUUAAUGAAAAAAAUGUGAAGGAAGGUGGCCUAGCAAUACCAGAUUUCAAACUGUACUAUAAAGCAGUAAUCAUCAAAAUUGUCAAGUACUGGCUAACACAUAAAAUGGUGUAUCAAUGGAAGAGAUUAGAUAUGCAAUACACAGGGGUAAAUAACCUUAGCAAUCUAGUGUUUGAUACACCCAAAGACCCCAGCUUUUGGAAUAAGAACUCACUAUUUGAUAAAAACUGCUGGGAAAACUAGAAAACAAUAUAGCAUAAACUAGUUAUAGUCAUCUCAUGCCAUAUACUAAGAUAAGGUCAAAAUUGGCAUAUCAUUUAGACAUAAAGGUUGAUACCUUAAGUUAAUUAAGGGAACAUAGAAUAGUUUACCUUGCAAAUCUAUGGAGAAGGGAAGAAAUAAUGACCAAACAAGAGAUAGAGAGCCUUACAAGAUACAAAAUGAAUAAUUUUGAUUAUAUUAAAUUUAAAAAUGUUUUUAUAAACAAAACCAAUGUAACCAGCAUUAUAAGGGAAACAACAAACCAGGAAAAUUUUUAUAGCAAAUCUCUGAUAAAGAUAUAAAUUUCUCAAGUUUGUAGAGAACUAAAUCAAAUUUAUAAGAAUACAAGUCAUCCUCCAGUUGACAAAUGGCCAAAGAAUAUGAAGGAGCAGUUUUCAGAUGAAGAAAUCAAAGCUCUCAAUAAUCAAUAAUCAUAUAAAAAGUCUAAAUUACUAUCAUUUAGAGAAAUUCAAAUUAAAACAACUCUGAGGUACUACCUCACACCUAUCAGAUUGAUCAAUAUGACAGUAAAGGAAAGUGAUAAAGGUUGGAGCGGAUGUGGCAAAGUUGGUACAUAUACAUUGUUGGUGGUGGUGUGAAUGAAUCCAACUAUUCUGGAAUGCAAUUGAGCACAUAUGAUCAAAGGGCAUAAAACUGUGCAUACCCUUUGAUCCUAUAAUACCAUUAUUAUGUCUGUAUCCCAAAGAGAUCAUAAAAAAGGGGAAAGGACCUAUUUGUACAAAAAAUGUAGCAGCUCUUUUUGUGGUGCAAAGAAUUGGAAAUUGAGAGGAUGCCCAUUGUAUUCAAGGGGAGGUUUAUUUGUAUUUGAGGGCUGUAUUUGAGUCUUUCAGUAUUGAGAAGGGAAAGAGAGGAGAACCUCCCUUCUCAAAGUGGGGUUCAGGGGAGCUGAAGUUUAAGAUUGGCUCAGAGAGAGGAGAGGGAGUUUUGAAGAUUUCACCCCUUCUACCUUCCCUCCUUAUCUAAGGCUGCUCUCCCAGAUUCACUCUUCUCCCUCUUGUCCCCCAUCCACUACUUGAGACCAAAGGUUCUCCCCUUGAUCUGUUCACUCACACUUGUUCACUGCUUGGGGAAUAAAUAACUUUUAAUGCCAACUCAAUCAGGGUAAUACAAAGAAUAACUAGCACAGAAAGAAUGGGAAAUGGAAGUGGGGAAAAAGGGGUCCCUGACUCUAUCUAACUCUAUCUAUCUAAAUCUAUCUAUCUAUUUAUCUCUAUCUAAAAUCUAUCUAUUUUUACUCCCUCCUUGAAUUUGGGGGGAACUCAGGCCUUGGCAGCCUAAGUCCCCUGAGAAAAAGUCAAGUUGACUCAUCCUGGGUUUGGCCCCUUGAUCACAGUUCAGACUCAGGGCAACAGGAGCUGAAGUAAAGUCAGACAGAGAUUUAAAAUGUCUUUCUUAGGUUUCCUCUUCAAUAAUUUUAUCAAUUUGGAAUUGUUGUGGGAGGAGAAGAUUUCCAGUCACAGACAGGAAAAAAAGAGUAAGAGAAAAGUCAGGACAAAGUCUUUUUCAACCUUCUCUCUUCAGCUUCUCCUGAUUGAGAAACCAACUCCUCUACCAGCCAGAGACUUCUCCUUCAGAUUCCAAACUCCUGGGACCCUCCCCCAUCGAGGUGAUUAGCUUCACACACUCUUCAGCCUGGCACUUUUCUUGGGUGCCAGCCUCUGUCACACCAUCAAUUAGACAUUGGCUCAAAAAUUUUUGGUGUAUGAUGGUGAUGGAAUACUAUUGUGCUAUAAAAAAUGAUGAGCAGGAUGAUUUCAGAAAAAAUCUGGAAAGAUUAAAUGAACUGAUGAAAAGCAAAGUAAGCAGAACCAAGAGAACAUUAUACUCAGUAAUAGCAAUAUUGAAUGAUGAUCAAACAUGAAAGAUUUAGCUACUCACAGUAAAACAAUGGUCUGGGACAAUUUUGAAGAAAUUAUGACAAAGAAUGCUAUCCACCUCCAGAGAUUGGACUUUUGGAGUCAGAAUACAGAUCAGAGCAUAUUAUUUUUCACAUUAUUUAUGUUUUAAUUUUAGGGUUUUGGUUUUACAUAUGUAUUCUCUUACAACAAUGACCAAUAUGGAAGCCUGUUUUCAUGAUAAUACAUGUAUAAUCUAGAUCAGAUUGCUUUCCAUCUCCAAAAGGGGGGAGAAAAGGAGAGAGGGAGAUAAUACAGAUCAUAUACUUGUGGAAAAUGUAUGUUGAAAAUUAUUACAUGUAAUUGGGAAAAAUUUAUUUUUUUUAGUUUAAAAAAAGUUUCUUUAGGAACCAAGGUGCAGAACAUAGUAGAAGGGUUAUCACAAUAUGGUGAGUAUUGCCAUCCUACUUUUACCACAGAGCAUAAUUGACUGAUAUAACUGAAAUUUCAACUUUUUUUUUUAUGCAUUCUUUACUCAAUAAAGAAAACAAGAGCUAUCCUCAGGUAACUUACAAUUUGUGGGGAUUUUGGAAAAGAAGAAUACAAUAUAUACCUAGAGAGGUAAGCAAAACAUGUAUAUAUUUUUGUAUGUUUGUGUACAAGUAUAAUUAACUUAAAUUCCCAGAUAUCCUAAUGUGACACGAGGAUAGAGACUCUAAUAUAUUUUUUAAACCCUUACCUUCUGUCAUAGAAUCAUUACUGGGUAUUGGUUCUGAGGCAGAAGAGUGUUAAGGGCUAGGCAAUGGGGGUUAAGUGACUUGCCCAGGGUCAAAUAGCUAGGAAGUGUCUGAUACCAGAUUUGAACCCAGGACCUCCCAUUUUUGGGCCUGACUGAGCUACCCACUGAGCUACCCAGCUGCCCCUGAGGCUCCAAUAUCUUGAAAACCUUAAUCAGACUGGUUUAUGUAUUAGACAUGGUGGGGAGAAUAUCUUCCUCUGACAGCAGUAGAAUAUUUCAGACUAUCUUGUCUCCAUGUCAACAGGAUCAUAUAGUAUGUUCAAAUUUCCACGUAUCCUCUUGAGAGCUGAGUUAGGGGCCUGAUCUCAUACUUUCUCUCUUUUCUGAUUCCUGUAGAAAAAUUCUACAGAUGAUGGUUGCUUAAGACACUGUUUAGGUGGGAAAUUCUCUGUAAAAACCAAAGUUAGAAGGAAAUAAGGGCAGAAAGUGGAAAAGUCUGGCAAUCAAAAAUCCCUUGUGUGAAGUUAAGUGUGAGAGGAAGAUUGAUUCUCUUAGGAGAAAAAAAAAGCUCUGAGGCACAGUGUGUAAGCAUGAACUUUGCAAUUCCUUCUCCCUGAAGAGUCUGAUCCCAGGGAAAGAACUUUUAGAUUCUCUCUUUUUCCAGUUGGGUCCAUAAGAUUUUUAUAUAUAGAAUAAAUCCUUCAGUUUUUUAUCACCCAUUAAUUCUAGUGAUACCUCUAAGGCAAUAUUUUUUCCUCUAUAGCUAGAAUAGACUCUCCAGUUGUCACAGUCAGAAUCUGUGAUCUGGGGUUUGUGCUCUGGUUGCCUCAGUAGUAAAUGGAGCAUAUGUCUUAGAGGGAGACAUUCUGAUCACUCUUAGAACUAUGUCUCCUUCAGGACUCAGAGGCUAACAAUCCAUUAGAACUAAUACUCAAAUGUCCAGGUAGAAGAAGGGUGAGUAUAACACAUUCAUUUUUAUUUUUACUUGUAUUUUUAUUCUACUUGCCUUGCCAAUCAGGAAAUAAUGAGGAUUCUGUAAAACAACACAUCCCUGAUCACUGUCACUGACACAUACAUAGGUCUUUUGGAAGAAUCUAGUUGAAAUUGGGGAAGAGAACAUGCAAAGAUGAUGGGCUAUUGUACCAUUAUUUCCUAUGUCCUUAAAACUCUAUAUUCAAGGAAAGAGACUGGACCCAUUCUGCAAAUAGCAAGGGGUUUUGAGUCAGAAAAACUUGAGUUUGUUCAAAUCCAGCUUAGAAAUGGAGCUGUGUGAUCUUGGGCAAAGACACUUAAUUUUUAUUUUACUCAGUAUCUUCAACAUUGAAGCAGAGACAAUAAUAGCACCUACUUCCCAUUGUUGUUACGAGGAUCAAAUGAUAUAUUUGUAAAAGAUUUAGGGCAGUGCCUGGCACCUAAUAGGAGCUACAUCAUGCUCAUCAUGAUUAUUUUCUUAAAAACAACUUUAUUGGCAAUAUGAUUAAUAAUUAAUAUAACAAAUGUUAAUAACCAUUUGACCAUAGGCAUUUAUAAGUACCUAUUUGAUAUAUUUUUUCAUCUCUGAAAUGAGGACAAUAGUUAAAAUCUUUACCUGAUAAGGCCAACACAAGUGGUUUUAUGGGGAUGGUUUAAACUACUUUCAUUUUUCUGAUUUCUUUUUGCUGUGGGUGUGAGGAACUUCAAGUGUCACCCAGCAGGGGAACUUGGAAACAGUUUUCUGCAGUCCUCCAGCUCAUGGAGACUCAUAUAUUUAACUACAUGCCUGGAAAUCUUGAGCUGAUAAGAACAGAACCUGCAUGGCAUGGUGGAUAUGAUUUCCAGAGAGUUUCAGAAUCAUUCCAUUUUUUGUAACUGAAGAAGAGGGAGUUUUGAGCUUUUUUGGUUUCUAAUGUGACCUCACCUCACCUCUCCUCAUAGAUCCCUCAAGAGAAUGGCUUCAAAAAAUGACUCUUCAGUGACUGAGUUCAUUCUUGCAGGCUUAACAGAUCAACCAGAGCUCCAGUUGCCCCUGUUCCUCCUGUUUCUAGUGGCCUAUAUGAUCACGAUAGUUGGAAACCUGGGACUGAUCAUUUUAAUCAAGAUGAAUUCUCACCUUCACACUCCUAUGUACUAUUUCCUCUUCAACUUAUCUUUCAUAGAUCUCUGCUACUCCUCUGUAGUUACUCCCAAAAUGUUGAUGAAUUUUGUCCUAAAGAAAAACAUCAUUUCUUAUUCAGGAUGUAUGGCUCAGCUCUACUUUUACUGUUUUUUUGUUAUUUCUGAAUGCUACAUGUUGACAAUAAUGGCUUAUGAUCGUUAUGUUGCCAUCUGUAAUCCAUUGCUGUAUCAUGUCACUAUGUCCCAUCAGGUCUGUACAUGUCUCAUGGGUGGGGCUUAUGUCAUGGGGUUUGCCGGUGCAAUGGCCCACACUGGAUGCAUGCUGAGAUUGUCCUUCUGUGAUGCCAACAUCAUCAACCAUUACAUGUGUGAUAUACUGCCCCUCCUCCAGCUCUCCUGCACCAGUACCUAUGUCAAUGAGCUGGUGGUUUUCAUUGUUGUGGGCAUUAACAUCAUAGUACCUAGUGUCACCAUCUUCACCUCUUAUGUUCUCAUCCUGUCCAGUAUCCUGAGCAUGAGCUCCACUGAAGGCAGAUCCAAAGCCUUCAGCACCUGCAGCUCCCACAUAAUUGCUGUGACUCUUUUCUUUGGGUCAGCUUCAUUCAUGUUUCUCAAGCCAUCUUCAUCAGGAUCUAUGGACCAGGGCAAAGUAUCUUCAGUCUUUUACACAAACAUAGGGUCCAUGCUAAAUCCCCUUAUUUAUAGUUUGAGGAAUAAAGAUGUUCAAAUUGCUUUGAGGAAAACCUUGAGGAAAAGAUUUUUUUCGAGAGCAAAAGCAGGAUUUUCAUAAUGUGAUUUGAUUUAAUGUCAUAAAUUUUCUUUCCCCCCCUGGGUUAAUUAAUAUUUUCUCAGGAAGGAACCUUUACCCAAAUUAUUUUUUCCGUUUUCUCUAUUGCCCAAUAUCCUAGUAGAAAGACUACUUCCUCUGGUUUAAAGGUGCAGUAGAA